AACCCGUGGCAGUCGCAUCAUGGAGCCACAAGCUGAAAGGCGGCGCCAUGACAGACAUAACGCUGGCAGAGGACCGCUUCACUGUCACAACUCUGAAAAACAAGCGGUCAUAGAAAUCCAUCACAUUUACAAAUUAGACUGGCAAGCUAUAAAUGUGCCCCGUGACAAUGAGAACACUGAUAAAUACGCCAUAGGAACGUCCCGCAACAGAGAGAAACACGCGAGAAAAGAGUCUCCUGGUAGCCACAGUACUGAGCGAAAAGCUGAAAGAGGCCACUAUCACAGUCACAAAUCUUACCAACAAGCUGGGAUAGUGCCCCGUGACAAUUACAACACUGAUAAAUACACCAGAGGAACGUCCUAUGACCUUCGCAAUAGGGAGAAACACAUAGAAAGAGAGCCUCCUGACAGUCACAUCAUUAACCAAAAUGCUAGAACACAACCCCACGACAGUGACAACUCUGUGAAAAACACAAACAUAGGGCCCCGUGAUCGUCAAAACACUGACCAACAAACUGGAAAAGCACCCUGUGACAGUCAAAACACUGGAAAACAUCCUGAAAAAGUGGCCAGUGACAGUCACAACAUUGACCAACAAACUGGAAAAGCGCCCUGUUACAGUAAAAACACUGGAAAACAUCCUGAAAAAGUGGCCAGUGACAGUAACAACAUUAACCAACAAACUGGAAAAACACCCUGCAACAGUCAAAACACUGGAAAACAUCCUGAAAAAGUGGCCAGUGACAGUCGCAACAUUGACCAACAAACUGGAAAAAUACCCUGCGACAGUCAAAACACUGGAAAACAUCCUGAAAAAGUGGCCAGUGACAGUUACAACAUUGACCAACAAACUGGAAAAACACCCUGCGACAGUCAAAACACUGGAAAACAUCCUGAAAAAGUGGCCAGUGACAGUCACAACAUUGACCAACAAACUGGAAAAGCGCCCUGUUACAGUCAAAACACUGGAAAACAUCCUGAAAAAGUGGCCAGUGACAGUCACAACAUUAACCAACAAACUGGAAAAGCGCCCUGUUACAGUCAAGACAUUGGAAAACAUCCUGAAAAAGUGGCCAGUGACAGUCGCAACAUUGACCAACAAACUGGAAAACCACCCUGCGACAGUCAAAACACUGGAAAACAUCCUGAAAAAGUGGCCAGUGACAGUCACAACAUUGACCAACAAACUGGAAAAACACCCUGCGACAGUCAAAACACUGGAAAACAUCCUGAAAACGUGGCCAGUGACAGUCGCAACAUUGACCAACAAACUGGAAAAACACCCUGCGACAGUCAAAACACUGGAACACAUCCUGAAAAAGUGGCCAGUGACAGUCACAACAUUGACCAACAACCUGGAAAAACACCCCGCGACAGUCAAAACACUGGAAAACAUCCUGAAAAAGUGGACAGUGACAGUCACAACAUUGAGCAACAAACUGGAAAAACACCCUGCGACAGUCAAAACACUGGAAAACAUCCUGAAAAAGUGGCCAGUGACAGUCGCAACAUUGACCAACAAACUGGAAAAACACCCUGCGACAGUCAAAACACUGGAAAACAUCCUGAAAAAGUGGCCAGUGACAGUCGAAACAUUGACCAACAAACUGGAAAAACACCCUGCGACAGUCAAAACACUGGAAAACAUCCUGAAAAAGUGGCCAGUGACAGUCGCAACAUUGACCAACAAACUGGAAAAGCGCCCUGUUACAGUCAAAACACUGGUAAACAUCCUGAAAAAGUGGCCAGUGACAGUCACAUCAUUGACCAACAAACCAGAAAAGGGUAUUUUCACAGUCACAACUUUGAUGAAAAAGCUGGAAGAGGGCUCCAUGACAAUCGCAAUCCAGAACAACUAGGUGGUAAAAUGCCACGUGACAGUAACAACUCUGAACAACUAAGUGGAAUAAUGCCACGUGACAGUCACAACACUGAUAAAUACGCCAGAGGAACGUCCCGCGACCGUCACAAUUAUUACAAAGAAGCUGAAAGAGGGCUGCAGGACAGUCACCACUAUGCACAAGAAGGAAGGAAACUGUCUCAGAGCAACAACAUUGACCAACAAGCUGGAAGAGGGCGCCAUCACAGUCACAAGUAUGACCAAAAAGAUGGAACAGCGGAACAUGACAGUCACAAAACAGAGAAACAAGCAGUCAGAGUACCACAUGCCAGUCGAAAAAGUAGGAAACACCUUGAAAGAGGGCAUGGUGACGGUCACAACUCUAAGAAAUACGCAACAGGACUUCCCCGUGACAGUUACAACGCUGAGCAACAAACUGAAAGAGGACCCCAUGACAGUCAGCACUUUGAACAACAAGGUGGAAGAGGGCCCCAAUGUGUGAAACGACCUGAUGAGAGUAACAACACUGACCAACAAGAUGGAAGAGGGUGUCAUGACAAUUACAACAAUGAGAAAUACGCGAGAGGAGUGUCCCGUGACAGUUACAACACACAGAAACAAACUGGCAGAGUUCCGCAUGAUAGUCACAAAAUUGAGAUUCAACCGGAUAUUGGGCCCGGUGAAAGUCACAACUCAAAGAAUCAUGCCAGAGGAAUGUCCCAAGACAUUUUCAACCAUGAGCAACAUGCUGGAGGAGGGGCCAAUGAUAGUCAAAACUCUGACCAACAAGGUAGAAGACGGCCCCAUCAAAGUAACCACGCUGACCAACAAGCUGAAGGAGGAGCCCAUGAUAGUCAAAGCUCUGACCAACAAGGUAGAAGAGGGCUCCAUGACAGUGGGAAUUCAAGCCGUCAUGGUGGAAGAGGGGCCCAUGAUAGUCAAAACUCUGACCAACAAGGUAGAAGAGGGCCCCAUCAAAGUAACCACACUGACCAACAUGCUGGAGGAGGGGCCCAUGAUAGUCAAAACUCUGACCAACAAGGUAGAAGAGGGCCCCAUGACAGUGAAAAUUCUGCAAUGCCCACCGAAAUAGUUUCCCAUGACAGUCAGAAUUCAGACCAUCCAGGUGGAAGAGGGCCCAAUGAUAGUCACAAUACUGACCAACAAGGAAGAGUGCCCCAUGAUAGUCGGAAUUUAAACUAUCAAGGUGGAAGAGGGUCCCAUCAAAGUAAAAACACUGACAAGCAUGCUGGAGGAGGAGCUAAUGAUAGUCAAAUCUCUGACCAACAAGGUAGAAAGGGGUCCCGUGAAAGUCGGAAUUCAAACCAUCAAGGUGGAAGAGAGCCCCAUCAAAGUAACCACACUGACCAACAUGCUGGAGGAGGGGCCCAUGAUAGUCAAAACUCUGACCAACAAAGUAGAAGAGGGCCCCAUCAAAGUAACCACACUGACCAAUAUCCUGGAGAAGGAGCCCAUGAUAGUCAAAACUCUGACCAACAUGUUGGAGGAGGGGUCCAUGAUAGUAAAAAUUCUGAUCAACAAGGUAGAAGAAGGCCCCGUGAAAGUUGGAAUUCAAACCAACAAGGUAGGAGCUGGCCCCGAGACAGUGGGAAUUUAAACCAUCAAGGUGGAAGAGGGCCCCAUCAAAGUAACCACACUGACCAAUAUGCUGGAGAAGGAGCCCAUGAUAGUCAAAACUCUGACCAACAUGUUGGAGGAGGGGUCCAUGAUAGUAAAAAUUCUGACCAACAAGGUAGAAGAGGGCCCCGUGAAAGUUGGCAUUCAAACCAACAAGGUAGGAACUGGCCCCGUGACAGUGGGAAUUCAAACCAUCAAGGUGGAAGGGGGCCCCAUCAAAGUAACCACACUGACCAACAUGCUGGAGGAGGGGCCCAUGAUAGUCAAAACUCUGACCAACAAGGUAGAAGAGGGCCCUAUGACAGUGGGAAUUCAAGCCGUCAUAGUGGAAGAGGGGCCCAUGACACUCAGAAUUCAGACCACCCAAGUGGAAGAGGGUCCCAUGAUAGUCACAAUACUGACCAAUCAGGAAGAGUGCCCCGAAACAGUCGGAAUUCAAACUAUCAAGGUGGAAGACGGUCCCAUCAAAGUAAAAACACUGACCAGCAUGCUGGAGGAGUAGCUAAUGAUAUUCAAAACUCUGACCAACAAGGUAGAAACGGGUCCCGUGAAAGUCGGAAUUCAAACCAUCAAAGUGGAAGAGAACCCCAUCAAAGUAACCACACUGACCAAUAUGCUGGAGAAGGAGCACAUGAUAGUCAAAACUCUGACCAACAUGUUGGAGGAGGGGCUAAUGAUAGUCAAAUCUCUGACCAACAAGGUAGAAACGGGUCCCGUGAAAGUCGGAAUUCAUACCAUCAAGGUGGAAGAGAGCCCAAUCAAAGUAACCACACUGACCAAUAUGCUGGAGAAGGAGCCCAUGAUAGUCAAAACUCUGACCAACAAGGUAGAAGAGGGCCCCAUCAAAGUAACCACACUGACCAACAUGCUGGAGGAGAGGCCCAUGAUAGUCAAAACUCUGACCAACAAGGUAGAAGAAGGCCCCAUGACAGUCAAAAUUCUGCAAUGCCCACAGAAAUAGUUUCCCAUGACAGUCAGAAUUCAGACCAUCCAGGUGGAAGAGGGCCCAAUGAUAGUCACAAUACUGACCAACAAGGAAGAGUGCCCCAUGAUAGUCGGAAUUCAAACUAUCAAGGUGGAAGAGGGUCCCAUCAAAGUAAAAACACUGACCAGCAUGCUGCAGGAGGAGCUAAUGAUAGUCAAAACUCUGACCAACAAGGUAGAGACGGGUCCCGUGAAAGUCGGAAUUCAAACCAUCAAGGUGGAAGAGAGUCCCAUCAAAGUAACCACUCUGACCAACAUGUUGGAGGAGGGGUCCAUGAUAGUAAAAAUUCUGACCAACAAGGUAGAAGAGGGCCCCGUGAAAGUUGGAAUUCAAACCAACAAGGUAGGAACUGGCCCCGUGACAGUGGGAAUUCAAACCAUCAAGGUGGAAGAGGGCCCCAUCAAAAAAACCACACUGACCAACAUGCUGGAGGAGGGGUCCAUGAUAGUCAAAACUCUGACCAACAAGGUAUAAGAGGGCCCCAUGACAGUCAAAAUUCUGCAAUGCCCACCGAAAUAGUUUCCCAUAACAGUCAGAAUUCAGACCAUCCAGGUGGAAGAGGGCCCCAUGAUUGUCACAAUACUGACCAACAAGGAAGAGUGCCCCAUGAUAGUCGGAAUUCAAACUAUCAAGGUGGAAGAGGGUCCCAUCAAAGUAAAAACACUGACCAGCAUGCUGGAGGAGGAGCUAAUGAUAUUCAAAACUCUGACCAACAAGGUAGAAACGGGUCCCGUGAAAAUCGGAAUUCAAACCAUCAAGGUGGAAGAGAGUCCCAUCAAAGUAACCACACUGACCAAUAUGCUGGAGAAGGAGCCCAUGAUAGUCAAAACUCUGACCAACAUGUUGGAGGAGGGGUCCAUGAUAGUAAAAAUUCUGACCAACAAGGUAGAAGAGGGCCCCGUGAAAGUUGGAAUUCAAACCAACAAGGUAGGAACUGGCCCCGUGACAGUGGGAAUUCAAACCAUCAAGGUGGAAGAGGGCCCCUUCAAAGUAACCACACUGACCAAUAUGCUGGAGGAGGGGCCCAUGAUAGUCAAAACUCUGACCAACAAGGUAGAAGAGGGCCCCAUAACAGUCGGAAUUCAAAUCAUCAAGGUGGAAGAGGGCCCAAUCAAAGUAACCACACUAACCAACAUGCUGGAGGAGGGGCCCAUGAUAGUCAAAACUCUGACCAACAAGGUAGAAGAGGGCCCCAUUACAGUCAAACGUCAGAUCAACAAUCAGUUCUAAGAACAGGACAAUUGGAACCUGUUGUAAUAGAAAGGGAUAGUUUGGAUUUACAAACAUCAACAGUUCCACCAGAUCGGUGUCUUCAAGCUCCAUGCAGGGUCCACUCUGGCGCGCGACCAGAGGAACCAGAUCUAAGCAACCUUGCUACUCGUUUAAGGUCGUUCGAUAAUGCACCUGACAACCUCCGUGCCUUGGGAGAAAGACUGGCUGCUGCUGGAUUGUAUUAUCCUGAUCAUGGAACAUCGGUUAGGUGCUAUUCAUGUGGUGUCAUAUUGGACAUUUGUAAUAGAACCCUAGGGAUCAGGGAAUUUUAUGCUGUCAUGUCUCCCAGAUGCCAAUAUCUUAUCCAAAGGAUGGGACAAAGAGGUAUAGCGCUUGCACAAAAGAAAUUAGUUAACCAGGAAUACGCCAGAAAUACUGGCAACAGAGACCGUAACAGCGUUGCCUCUGGACACCAACAGUCUCUUGCAAGGUAUGCAACUCCAUCGCCGUACCAACAAGAUCAUUCUAGAGCAGAUGGAAUGAAUUAUUGUGUUCGAAACGAUUACAUCAAUGAGAUGACCAACGGAAAUGGAGAACCAAAUCGACAAAACACAAUUUGGAAUCCAGGAGAACCAUCUAACAGGCAUAAUACCGGGAUAUGCUCGGGUGAUGUUGCAUCAGGAUUGCAAUGUGGAGACCCUACCGAGGUCUUGGAAACCUCCAGAGACGAAAGCAGCAGCAACAAUAGAGAAAUUCAGCAGCCAUCUGCACCGAAUGUCAUCGUAUCUGGUGAUGACAAUGUUGAUAACGACGAUGCAGGACGUUCUUCCACACGCCAUACUGCUGAUCUAGCAUUAAGGGGAUGUCUUUUAAAAAGUUUAGGAACCGAACCCCUAUCAUUUGCCGAACUGCAAGAAUUUUUUAAUGCAUUUCCUUUGCUACAAGGAUGCCUGGUUUUCUCCAAUGUUGACCUGCCACGGCCAUUCCCCACUAUGCCCAUCAGCGUGGGGGUUUUCGUGGUAUAUGAAGAUGCAAGAAGUCGUGGCGGCUCUCCUAUUGGUCUCGGACAUUUCAUUGCCGUCGAGAUCAACAGACUGACUCCCAGCGAAGGGCAUGUCACUAUAUUUGACCACUUGAGGCGAAAUGAAAUUAACGAGCACACCAUACGACUAAUCGGAAAGCUUCUUAACCUGCAACCCGGUACUAUACUAAACGUAUGUCUAUUUCCGGUGCAGAAGCAGCUUUUUAAUAGGGACUGUGGGCCGAUGACACUGAAUGUGGUUAUACAUUUAAGACAUGGAAAAAAGGAUAAACUGCGAGGACGGUUUGAUCAGUCACAGAUUAGAAGUCACCUUCGACAUUGUAUAGAAAUUGAUUCAUGCAAGUGCUUGCCGCCCAUCGUAGAAUAUGAACCUGAUGCUAGCGAUGAAGAAACCAUUUUAACUUAUAAACUAAAAUAAUGUAAUAUCAUGGAACUGUUUCAACAUUCACAUUAACAAUUAAGGACCUAUUUCCCUAUAAAAGGGGCCGUGGUGACCGAGUGGUUAAGGUGUCCCGACACUUUAUCACUAGCCCUCCACCUCUGGGUUGAAAGUUCGAAACCCACCUGGGGCAGUUGUCUGGUACUGACUGUAGGCCGGUGGUUUUUCUCCGGGUACUUCGGCUUUCCUCCACCUCCAAAACCUGACACGUCCUUUAAUGACCCUGUUUUUAAAUAGGACGUUAAACAAAAUAUUUCUCUAUCUGUUUAAAUCUAUACAGCAGCUAUCUAAAUAUAGCCAGGAGAUGUAACAGAUAGACUAGGGAGAUAUGUACUUACUCUUUUGUGUAUCAUGCAUUAUAUCCAUAUACUAACAAUCUUGAAUCAUUUCAUUAUUUGUACAAAUUCCUGUGCUGUAUUUUUGUUCGUUGUACGUAUUUCUCUUGAUGUGCAUGACUCAUAGAUAGAUUAUCGACUCAAUAUCAUUUGACAUUUACCAUAAUGAAUAUAAUUCAUUUAAUCUAUCUAUGUGAAUUAACCAUGUUUUAAAUCAGCCUUACUGAUGUGUAGAUACCUUAGACCUUAUUUCAUCCAGCCACAUUCUCCUUCCUGCCAGGUUUAUUAAUUAAAAUUGGUUGUUUAAUGAUAAUGAUAAUAAUCAACGGUGCCUUGUAAAUCCAAACUGUAUUUGUAUUGUUGUCGGAUAAUGAGGGGUGGCUUGCAUAAUUAGAUUGGAUAGUGACUGGAUUAACUCUGUUGGAUAGUGGGUAUCUAAGUAGUGGUGACUUGAUUAACUCGGUUGAACAGUGGGUGUCUCAUUAGUGGUGACUUUAUUAACUCGGUUGUAUAUUCGGUGUCUCAUUAGUGGUGACUUGGUUAACUCAGUUGUAUAGUGGGCGUCUCAUUAGUGGUGACUGGAUUAACUCGGUUGGAAAGUGGGCGUCUCAUUAGUGGUGAUUUGAUUAACUCGGUUGUAUAGUGGGUGUCUCAUUAGUGGUGACUUGAUUAACUCAGUUGUAUAGUGGGUGUCUCAUUAGUGGUGACUUGAUUAACUCGGUUGUAUAGUGGGUGUCUCAUUAGUGGUGACUGGAUUAACUCGGUUGGAUAGUGGGCGUCUCAUUAGUGGUGACUUGAUUAACUCGGUUGGAUAGUGUCCGUCUCAUUAGUGGUGACUUGAUUAACUCGGUUGGAUAGUGUCCGUCUCAUUAGUGGUGACUUGAUUAACUCGGUUGGAUAGUGUCCGUCUCAUUAGUGGUGACUUGACUUUUUUAACGGAUGGAUAGUCGUCGCCUACUUCGUUGCAACUAGAUAAGGCUUUUUAACGUGCGCCUAAUUCGUGGCGGCUUGAUUAUUUAUGGUUGUUGAAUUGCUAGGCUAGAUAUAGACUGGCCACCAGCCCCCAGGUUUUUUGUUAGAACUGCUCCACUAAAUUGUAAUACUAGAUUGUCUCCCCCUAGUUUGAAACUAGAAUCAGACAUAUCCUAGUGACCAAAAUCAUAAAAGUCCAUUUUGUUUAUAAUUUUAAUAUUCUAGAGACAGGGAGCCAGUCUAGGCUAGAUAGUGAGCAGCUAGAUGAACCGAGUUAAAUAGUGAGUGCCGCAUUAGCGAUAAAUUGAUUUUAUUUUCUGUUUUUAUUGAUUCCCGAAUUGAUCAUCAAAUAUUCAGAAGCGUUAUAAACUUAAAACAUAUUUCCAUCUAUAGGUAAAAGGCAGAUGUAUCAUUCAGGUUUGUUUUGUUUUUCUAUUUAUUUAUUCAUACUUCAUUGUAAAUAUUCUGGAUUGGCGUAAAUCAUUGAUUAAAAUUUUAAAUAGAUGUGUUAUUUACUUACGUAUCUGCUGUAUAUUACUUAAACUUUUUCGAAAUGGAGAGCAAUAUGAUAAAUGGGACAAAAUUACCUUAUAAUGGAUCAAACAGAAAAUAUGGAUAAGAAACCUUCAAUAUUAAGAUAACACAAUGUACUUGAUCCAUGAGAUUUAUCAGAUUUAUGGUACAGCUGUAGACAUGUGAAUUAUUCUGUGUUUGUCAAUAAUGUCAUACGUAUAGAUGUAUUCACAUAAGUGUGAUAUGUACAAUUUUUUACUUGAGGUUGAAAACACAUUCUAUUCAGUUUUCCAUUAUCAUCACAGAUGAUUUCGGGAUGAUUAAUAUACAGUAAACACGAAGCCUGAUUUUACCUAGUUAUUUAUUCAGUAUCUUGUUUAGUAUUAUACUUAGAAAUACACUGAUUGAUAUAAUACAUGUUUGCCUGCAAACUCAUGCUUGGCCGGCCUGCCUAGAAAAGGAAAUGUGUUGUGUAAACUGUAUGGAUUGUAUUAGCGUGAACAAUAUUGGUAUUUAUGAUACUUUGUGUUAGAAUAUCAAUUGGUGUUAUUUUCAAAUAUUAAAUAUGUUUUGAUAUUGUAUGCUAUAUAUUGGAGGGUGUGACUUUUGAAUACUAAAACUGUUUUAAAUAUUGUACAAUAUUGGUGUGAUUUUUAAAUAUAUAUGUUUUAAUAUUGUAUGAUUGGUUGUGAUUGAUGAAUAUUGAAAAUGCUUUUUAAUAUUGUAUGAUAUUAUUGUUAUUUUUAGAAAUCAAAUGUUUUUGAUAUUGUGUGAUACAUGUAUUGCUGUGAUUUUUUAAUAAUCAAAAUGCUUUAAUAUUGUGUGAUAUUGGUGUCAUUUUCAAAAAUCAUUUAUGUUUUAAAUAUUUUGAUACUGUCGUGAAUUUUGAAUAUUAAAAAUGUUUUUAAUAUUAUAUGACGUUAGUCAUUAAUAGUGUUGUUUUCACAUAUUCACUUUGUUUUGAAAAUUGUGUGCUAUUGGUGUGAUUUUCGAAUAUCAAAUAUUGUUUUCAAUAUUGUAUGAUAUUGGUGUGAUUUUCGAAUAUCAUAUUUGUUUUUAAAAUUAUAUGAUAUUGGUAUAAUUUCCGAAUAUCGAAACAGUUUUAAAUAUUAUAUGGCAUUGGUAUAAUUUUCUGUUGACAUAUUAAUUUUAAAGUGUCAUGAACGUCAUUAAUUAUGUCUCUAAAUGUCCAUUAACAUGUGUAAGUCUUGAAAUGCAAUAUUGGAAUAUUAUUGUGAAUCAACAUUUGUGUAUAUAUAACAAAUAAAAGUAAUACAAUGUU